CACUGUCGGGGGUCGUCAGCCGUGAUACAAUCAAUCUCUUGAUUAUCGACCGAUUCGCACAUGCGCAGAACUAAUUGAAACGACGACGCUAUACCCCGCAUUGUUGUGUGGACCUGACAAGGAAUGGCCAGACAUACCUGGUAGUUAAUCUGAGUAUAGUUUCCAACAAGGUAAUCGUAAGCCGCCAUCAUGUGUAAGUGUUUCGAGGUCAUCGGCAGGAUUGUCAUCGGCAUCCUCAGCGUCAUCUUCGCCAUUCUGGGCUUCGUGCUGCUGGUGUUUGGCAUCAUGGUCAAGGUGCAGUCCGACGUCAUCCAGAACCUGUUCCAGUCCCUCAUAGACAUGGCCAAACAACAGGCGAAGUCCGCCAUAGGCUCCGGCUUCGACCUGCCCACCGACAACUUCAACAUCAACGACCUUGUGGGCGGCCUCGCCAUCGUCUUUAUCAUCAUCGGUGUGGUGAUGUUGUUUAUCGGAGUCCUCGGCAUUGCGGGGGCGUGCUGCAUGGUGAAGUGUAUGAUUGUGUUGUAUCUCAUCGUCAACGUCAUCUUCCUCAUCAGUCAGAUUGCUCUGGUCGCCAUCGCUGCAUCCAACAGAGGCAUCAUCACCGACCCCCCUAAAGCUGGGCUCAAGUCUUCUCUCCAACAGGAGUACCAAGGCGUGAACGGCACCGACGUCACCUCCCUCUUGUGGAACGUCGUCAUGAACGGGCUGCAGUGUUGCGGUAUCGAUGACUCUCAGGACUUCUUAAAUGCAACUAAAUGGACCAGUGUUUGGGGUCCCGGGACAACCCCCAACUUCCAGACCCCGGCUGCCUGCUGUAAGUCUGGUUUGUUUACGGAUAGUGACAAGACAUGUGCGAAGACCCCGACAACAACCAACAACAACAAAGACACCGGGUGCUAUGAGAAGAUAUGGGACUUCAUCUUCAAGGGCACGACCUUCAUCAUCUUUGCGUGCGCUGACAUUGGUGGUUUUGCCCUGCUGACAAUUUUCUCCGGGAUUAUCCUGCAUCAGAUCCUUCAGAAGAACAAGGUCGGAAACAUGGCCUAGACGAGUUACAUCUGGUCAGAGAACCCCGACGCCUGAGCAAUGCUGUGAUCUCCCCGAGGCUGAAGUCUUUAGAAUCUUGCUGUAUUUACUUUAAAAGUAUUUGUUUUGUACAUUGUGUAAAAAUGAUUCUUGAUUAUUGUUGUGUGGACAUGUCCAAAUGUGACAUCAGUGACAGAAUCAGGGGAGAGGUAGGAAUGGGAUUCAGCACCUUUUGAAAUCUCAUAACGGCCAUUAUUUCAUGCCCAUCUCCACCCCCUCCCC